UAUUUUAUCAAAUUGAUAUAAGCCGUGACGUCAAACUGAUAUCGAUAUCAUAUGUCGUGACGUCAUAGGGAAAUCAAAAGUGUAGGCCUACUUCUGCAGCGAAAUGAUGGAAACAACAAUGGAAGUUAAUUCUUCCAAUACACUCGACGUGGAGUCGACGAAUUCUAGGCGGCGUUCUCGGUCUGACACUCCCAUGAUUCGAACCUACAAACUGCGCGACCGGGAAUAUUUCCUUCCAUUACCAGACACGCUGAAGUCCAAAAGGCAUCAGAAGGUCGGAGGGCUGGACAUGUGGCCGGCGCACGCUGGCUGUCUGGCAGGCUCACUCCCCACGCGCAUGCUGACGGCGGACAAGAGGCUGGUGCUGGUCGGUGCCGACGACACGGGCAGGCCGAAGCUGAUACCGAAGCCGCAGCUCCUGGAACAGCUGGAGAGGUCCCUGGAGGACGAACUGCGCAGACUGAACCUCACCGAGGUCAAGCCGAACGAGUUGAGAUUCCAGAUUUAUCGUCAGGUGUUUGAAAUUUUGACUGAAUACUUCCCAGCCUACAAUUUUGUGCUGACCUCCAUUAAAAACGAAUAUGACAUGGUGUUAAAUCUGCAACGACUGGAGAUAAGUAAACUAAUACCAUUACAGCAUGAGCUGGUGUUGUUGUCGGAACACUACGAAGAAGAAACUAUCGAUCAAGAACAAAGCGAAAAUGAAGAAAUCACCAGACUGAAAGAAGACAUCCGAAAGCGGCGUGAACAGAUCGAGAAGGUAAAGCAGGAGAAGAUCGAGCUACAGAGGGAGGUAGAGCGCUUACAGGGCUUGCUGGGACAAGAGUAUGAAAAGUGCCGAGACGAGACGGAUGCACGGAAACUGCUCGCUCAGGAAAUCGCCCAAGUCCGCUACCAGCCCGAAGAUUUGCCGGUACACUACAAAAAAGUGUUCAUGGGCGCUCGUAGCAGCACGUUUGGACUGAUGUGAACUGCCUCCGAAAUUAAUUCUUAAUACAGAGUUCUGCGACGAACUGGACGUAAAUAAAUGUUUGGGUAUCUUAAGUCUA